AUGCAGAUCUCUCUCCUCCUCACCCUCGCCGCUCUCGGAGCCACCGCGGCAGCGGCUUCCUCUACCCCUGCCCAAAUCGCCGAGCAGCUCCCCUCGUGCGCGCAGAGCUGCCUGACCAAGGCCGCUUCCAAGGCCGGGUGCUCCGCCGACGACUUUACCUGCCUGUGCGCUGGCGUGGCGAGCUUGGAGAGCGCGGCGGGAGAAUGCUUUUCGGACGAGUGUGAUGGGAGCGAAGUCGGAAGACUGAACAGUCGUCACCGUCAUCGCCGCCUCCGUAUGCGAAGCCGUCCGCCGCGCCGACGUCGCCACCCGCACCGUCCCCUCCAACCCGCCGGCGCAACCACCACGCCUCCCUCGGGCAACGACCACCACGAGAACACCGACUCGACCACGAACAACGCCUCCGCCGCCGAGAACGAGGAUGACGGCGGCGAGGAGAAUGGCGCCGUGGUCAUGGCGUUGCCUGGUGGUGAUUGGGGCGUCAGGGCCGCGGCUGUGAUGGCCGUUGCGUUGCUCGUAUAA